AUGUCAACUACAACACACCUUGUCAUACUUGCCGUGAGCGCGGCCAUUUUCACGGUUCUGAAAAGGCUUUUCUCUCGCAAAAGUCUCCCGGACCUGCCUCCUGGGCCGAAAGGCUGGCCUCUCAUUGGAAAUCAUCUGGACUUAUGCCCCGAUGGUCAACACCCUGGAAAGUUCUACCAAAAGCAUAGGGCUAUUUAUGGUAAAGUAGAUUGCCUAUUUAUUGACCUGUACGGCCCUCUAAGCCGUCUGACGGUAUUUGGUCAGCCUCUGAUCAUAGUGAAUGAUCGCGAAACUGCAGCCCAGCUUUUCGAGAAAUCUGCUAAGCACUCGUCUAAACCAGACUCUGUUUUUGCCGAUGAACUGUACGAGCGACUUUCAUCUAUUCUCGAUUUUCCAUUCCAUUCUCGUCGUAUUCAGUAG